UCAUAUAGAGAUCACGCGUUAUUUUAAAAAAAUUUCAGUAGUUACAUUUUCCAGUGGUUAUAAGAAUACAGAUAGUGACAAUGUUUUUCAAAGUGAUAUCAAUUAUUUUCUUGUUAACGAUGUCAAGUUACGCUAAAAACAAAUAUGAAACAACAAACAAUAAUCUGUUUUCGGAUCCAAAAAUGAAUCGUUUUAGAAACGGGCGACUGUUUUUCCCAUAUCAACAUUCUAUCGCAGAUUCUAUAUUAGAAGCAUUUGGCAGAAAAGGCAUAAAUACGGCUGACUACUUCGAAUUUUUGAGGGAUUCAUAUGAUUUGCCUGACGGUUUGACAUCACCCCUGCCAGAGUACGACUUCAUAAUAGUUGGCGCGGGUUCAGCUGGCAGUGUUUUAGCUUCUAGACUCAGUGAGAACAAAAACAUUACAGUUCUUCUGUUGGAGGCGGGCAAACCUGAGACGCUCCUAACCGACGUACCAGCACUAGCACCCUAUUUUCAAGCGACAGAUUAUACAUGGCAAUAUUAUAUGGAACCGCAACAUGGUGUAUGUAUGGGUAUGACAAACGAGCGGUGCUUCUGGCCACGUGGAAAAGCCGUAGGUGGUACUAGCGUCAUAAACUACAUGAUUUAUACACGAGGUAGACCUCAAGAAUGGGAUCGAAUAGCUGCCGAUGGAAACUAUGGAUGGUCGUACAACGACGUGCUACAUUAUUAUAAGAAAUCAGAAAAAGCUGAUCUCGAUGGAUACGAAAUGAACCACAGCAGAAAUAGGAAUGGCGUUCUACCAGUACAAUUUGUCCCAAAAAGAACGAAAUUAAUUAAAGCAUUUCUUGAAGCUGGCGCAAUUCUUGGGCAUCCAACAAUAGAUUACAAUUCACCAGACCAACUGGGAUUUGGUUAUGUACAAGUAACUACAGAAGGGGGUCAUCGCGCUAGUGCUGCAAAGGUUUUCCUGCACAAACAAAAGAAAAGACGUAACCUACACAUUCUACCCGAGACUAUAGUGACAAAAGUAUUAAUAGACCCAUAUAAUAAAACAGCUUACGGAGUUGAAUUUUCAAGAAAUGGGCGUUUAUAUACAGUAAGCGCACGCAAAGAAGUAAUAUUAUCUGCAGGACCUAUCGCCUCACCACAGCUUCUUAUGCUUUCUGGUGUGGGGCCUAAGGAUCACUUAAAUUCGAAAGAUAUACACGUUAUUGAAGAUCUCCCAGUAGGGAAAACUCUUUAUGAUCAUAUAUGCUUUCCCGGGACUAUAUUUACACUUAAUGUUACAAAUGUGAGUAUUCACGAAAGUACAGCUAUAACUUUAACUUCUAUUUUUUCUUGGCUGCGAAAUGGCGAUAAUGAACUAUCUACUCCUGGCGCAGUAGAAGGUAUCGGGUACAUCAAAACACCUAUCUCCAAUGAUCCAGAACCAAUUCCUGAUAUAGAACUAAUAUCAAUAGGAGGGUCUCUCGUUGCUGAUGGUGGUCCGAGUGGAAGUAAAGCUGUAAGAAGAGGCAUGAGAAUAAGAAAACAAGUUUUCGACCAAGCGUUCGGGUCCAUAGACGAUACAGAUACUUGGAGCGCAUUUCCAAUGUUACUGCACCCAAAAUCAGUAGGGUAUAUAGAGCUAAAGGAUAAAAAUCCAUUUAAUUAUCCUAAAAUGGUUGGAAAUUAUUUAACUGAUCCGACUGAUAUAGCUACAUUUGUGGCUGCAAUUCGAUAUAUACAAAAAAUAGCAGCAACUGAACCAUUUCAAAAAUUUGGAGCGCGUAUAUACCCAGCUGACUAUUUGCCGUGCCGUUCAUUCGAGUUUGAUUCAGAUGCAUAUUGGGAGUGUGCAAUACGAAUGCUAACUGCUACGCUACAUCAUCAAAUCGCGACAUGUCGGAUGGGUCCCGCCGGGGACCCUCAGGCUGUAGUCGAUCCGGAAUUACGAGUAUACGGUAUCGGUCGAUUACGAGUGGUUGAUUCCAGUAUCAUACCUCGUACUGUCUCAAUACACACUAAUGCACCGGCUAUGAUGAUUGGAGAAAAAGCAGCAGAUAUGAUAAAGGCUACUUGGAGUAUUUAAAAUUGUCUUGCUUAUUUCCAACUUAAAUUUUUCCCCCUUACUAAUCAGUAACGUACUGAUGUUACAUACAUAAACAGUUUUGUUCUAAUUGUUAUAUUAUCACAUUAUGGUAAAAUAAUGAUAAAAUUAUUACCAAAUAAUUUUAUCAUUUUUAUUGUUAAACCUUAUAAUGGGAAAAAAUUGUAUUAAAUAUAUAAAAAUAUA